CCCCCACAAGUGCUGAAGACCCAGACCAAGUUCCAGGCGAGUGUCCGGUUCCUGCUGGGCCCCCAGCUGCUGAAGGCAUCGGCCAAGCCCUACAUGGUGCGAGCUGACAUGGUGACAGAGAAGCAGGCGCGGGAGCUGGCGCUCAGCGCCUACAGCAACACCCUCAGCGAGAGCACUGGGGAGAUCAUGCAUAAUGUGGUGGCCCUGGAGACCAACCCCACCAGUGGGACCUGCUGUGCCAACUUCAAGAACGUGCUGCUGAAGAAGAUCAAGCGGUGCGAGCGGAAGGGAUCCGAGUCAGUGACAGAGGAGAAGUGUGCCGUCCUCUUCAGCACCACCGUGGCCCUGACCCCCAGCAACCUCUCAGUCCACCUCCAGGACCGGGUGCCCUUCGUGGUGGCCGAGCGGGUGCCCUGGGAGAAGAUGUGUGAUACACUGAACCUGAAGUUCAUGGCAGAGGUGCAGACCACCAAGGGGCUUCUCAAGGAGCACUACUUCUUCCUGGCCCAGAAGAUCUUUAAUGACCACAGUGCCAGCUUCGAGGACUUCCAGAGUCGCAGUGUCUCCUGGGCCCAGUUCAACAAGGAGAUCCUGCCUGGUCGGGGAUUCACCUUCUGGCAGUGGUUUGAUGGAGUCCUUGACCUCACCAAGAGGUGUCUCAAAAGUUACUGGUCAGACAGGCUCAUCAUCGGCUUCAUCAGCAAGCAGUAUGUCUGCAAGCUCCUGAGCACGGAGCCUGACGGGACCUUCCUGCUCCGCUUCAGUGACUCGGAGAUUGGGGGUGUCACUAUUGCUCAUGUCAUCCGGGGCAAGGAUGGCUCCAGCCAGGUGGAGAACAUCCAGCCCUUCUCUGCCAAGGACCUAUCCAUCCGGUCCCUCGGUGACCGCAUCCGGGACCUGGGGCAGCUCCGCAACCUCUACCCCAACAUCCCCAAGGACCAGGCGUUUGGGAGUCACUACAACAAGGAGCAGACAGGCAAGGACGGCCGGGGCUACGUCUCCACCGCCAUCAAGAUGACAGUGGAAAGCGAAAGGGACCAGCAGCCCCAGAGCACUGGGGGGGGGCUCCCGGAGACCUCCCAGGCUCCGGUGUUCAGCCUGCCCGUGCUGCAGCCCGAGCUGCACCUGGAGAGCAUGCAGUCAGUGCUCAGCCCCAUCUG